GCGGAUCCCUCGAUCGUCAUUGCACUUUGACUAGUAGCUACCACCCGCAGCCCACCCACCGCCUGUUCGCAGCCCAAACAAAGACGGUAACUGCGCAGAGCAAGGUCUCGAAAAGUUGAACUUCGUCAUGUGCACACCUCGGAAUUAUCCGAGUUUGAGACGCGGGGACCGGGCGCCCUGCGCCGCUACCGAUGUCGGUCGCCACCACCACCAGCCGAUGAACGUCAACGGCAGUAUGGCAGUCGCAGACAUUGCCCGGCCUCUGACUGUGAACGGGAAGGAGAACGGAUACCACCAUCAAGAACCGGCCGUAGAGGACCUCGAGCGCAUGCUCCCCGACGUCAACGAGGGACAGGUCCCCUUCGGCAUGAUCGUCUCGCGAGUGGCACAGCAGAUCUACGCGGAGCUGCAGGAGGUGGCAGAGACACUCCCCGGCAUGUCCGACGUCGCGCGCAAGCGCACCCUCGCGGACUUUGUCGUCGCAACGAAGAAGCAGGUCGUUAAGCUGUACGCGAUCGCGAAGUGGGCACGCGACGCGGAGACGGUGCAGAAAUGCCUGAAUCUCGUAGGGUUCUUGAUGAACCAGAAGUACGAAAUUGAUUCUGCGAUCGGACGACUGCACCAGAUUCACGACGAGCUUAAUCCUGAACGCCUCGGGAACCAUGACCUCCUCACCUCCCUCGAUGUCCUCACCACAGGCACCUACCAGCGCCUACCCACUAUCAUCAAGAAAUCCGUCAUCCCUGUCAAACCCCUCACCAACCCCGAUGUUGUCUCCACCUUUCGCGAGGUUGAACAGGUCAUGCGCUAUCGGUUACGCACCACUGAAUACAUCCCCAUUGAGAUGAUGCAGUAUCGAAUAGCCGGCGGUCGGGUCUACUUUACCGUACCCAACCUCUUUGAAGUUGGUGUUUGCCUGGUUGGCGCGCAGAAGGAUGAUGGCUGGUUCACGACUCACUUCGAAUUUCUGAUUGGGAUCGGCGGGGACGCGACAGAGGUGCAGGAGAUCCCUCGAAUACCAACAGGCAUCACCAAAGCUCAUCUCACACUCGAAGGCGAUCGGCUCCUUGGGCUCUACACAAAAAUAUCCGAGGAGCAAAUUGCAUCAGGCGUCCCGCCGAAUCCAAACGUUUUGGAGGAGGGAACAGCGGACGCGCCUUUAGUGCGGUUGUAUAACUUCAUACAGAUCAUGUCCCUAUCAUAUCAACUCGAGAUAUUGCUCUUCCAGGCACAACGACUACAGUAUCUGGGGUGGCAGCAGUAUAUGUCUUGUAGGAUGAGUCCUGAUAGGAAGACGCUGUCUGUGCGGUAUUGGUUACGGCCACGUCACCCUCGCAACCUCGUCCCCCCCUCCGCUGGCACUCUCCACAUCUCCAUCAUCGACCGGCGAACACCGAAGGGCGAGCCUUUCCGAUCACCCAAAGCGAGGAAACUCGCGGAAAUCCAGCGGAAGUCGAAGCUGGGCGAUCUUCGGCCGUCGGAGGAGGUGGAGACGUUGGCGUUGGAGGCGAGAUGGGAGCCGGAACAGGAUGCGUUGGGCGUCAGUUUGCCGCGGGAGUAUGUGACGAUGAGGGAGGGGGAGUUGGUGGUGGAUCCUCAAGAUCUUGACAUCGAGCGGCUGUUGCGAAAGUGCAUAUCGCGACAUACGUACGCGAUCCUGUCUGCGUUGCAAGAGCAAUUGCAGAAAGGCCCCGCCGCGGAUAUCUUCGGCGCGCCAGGCAUGGUGACGCUCGUCGAGGAAUCACCCGGAGGGGCGUCCUUAUCCCACGACCAUGGCACUACUACCCCCGCCCAUCCGACCACCAUCACUCACUUCGACUCCGCCACCCACUCUCACCCCUUCGGCCCCUCCCAUCCCUCCGCCCUCGCCCCCAAGGACCCCGACACCGUGCUCGCGCUCCGCGUGUGCCUCUGCGCCGAAGAGGUUGCCGUCAUCUCCAUCGACCCGCGCACGGGUCAGAUCACCAUCCGCGACACGGGCGACCUCGCCGCGCCCGACAAGGGCCUGUGCUUCGCAGGGCCGAACCGUGGGCUCAGGUUCUUGGUAAUUACGGAGAGGGUGAACGCGGAUCCGGUGAUGCUGUUCACGGCGCUGAUGAAGUUGAGGUUGAUGACGAUCAUGGAGAUCACGGAGCAGAAGGCAAACUAUCUGGGCCUGCAGGUGUAUCGGAAUCGGAAUUUCGAGAAGGGGGAGCUCAACAAGCUGGGACCCAAUUGGCACGGAGGGCUAUUCAUUCCGUUGGGGAACGUGCCGCAUCACUACCUUGUGCUGGUCAUGCGGCAUAAUGACUUUGACUACGCGCUUAUUACGACGGAGGAUAAGCCGGAUUCACUGUUCUAUGGCAUGAACAUCAUCGACGUUGCGUGGUUGGACGUGAACCGGAUAUGCGCUGGCGAGAACUUGCAGAUGACGGGCGUCGGAGGCUUCAACAUCAACAUCCGAUGCUUGAAGGCAUUGUACAAUUACUGCAGCGCCCGCAUCACCUACAUGACCGUCGAGAAACAGUUCAAGGAGCGCCACAUCCAAUUCAAGCAUGUCACCGUCGCCAGCGAUACCCACCCUCCCGCCCUCACCGCCACCCAAUCCAUCCUCGCCCGCUCCAUCCCCGCCCUCUGCGUCGAAUCGCAACACAUCCUCUCCGGCGCGCCCGCCGCCGAGGCCGCCAUGCCCAACAUUCGGGUCAUCCCGCUCAACUGGUGGUCCGACACCCGCGCACCGCGUGUGGUGACGUGCGUGAAGCUGAAGUACGUGCAGCAGCCGCUGGGGCGGCGGGCGGGCGGGACGAGCGCGGUGAUCAGGCCGUCGAAGCGAAUUAUAUAUGAUACGACGCACGCGGUGGUGUCGUUCCUUUCGGAGGAUGUGAGCAAGUGUGUGGAUGAGUUCUUGGAGGAGUGGGCGAGGGUGUCGAAGAUGGUGGUCAUUGCGAGGGAGGUCGCGGGCAUGUCGAAGGAGAAGAACUGGCCAGAUGUCCGGUUAUUGUCGUUCGAUCUGCAAACGGUCGAGUUCGCGUAUGCAUCAGACUACACGGUCUCGAUAUACUAUCAAGACCAACUAACUCUCGCUGGUGGAACCUUCUAUCUCCGCUUCUCGCGCGAGAAGACCGACUCGGCGAUGGACGACGACAGGUUCAACCCGCAUGCCGACGCGGAGCCCUUCAUGCGCAACAUAUUGCAGCGAGGACACGGCAAGUUGGCUCCGUCGCUCGUACGGCUCGUCACGCUUCUGCGCGAUACGUUGCCGAUUGUCCAGGAGCUGGAGGAGAUCAUGUGGCAAAGCGAGCAGAAGGGCGGUAUGGCCGCUAGUGUAGACACGUUCGCCAAGGCCGCGGGAUGGUACCGUUUGCUGUACGGUGACCUCAGACACGCUCUCGACUUCCGAUUGAUGAGCGGGCGUCGAGUCGCGAUCCUCGACGGUGCCGUUUCGCUCUUCGAGUCCGAGCUCCCAUCGUCAGCACCUGCGACCGAAGCAGAGAUCGGCUUGGUCCGCAUUCCACAAUUGUGCGAGAUGAUCGACCAGGUGGUCAGCGAGAUCUCGGCGGCGGACGCGAAGAAGGCGGGCUCGCUGGUAAUGGUGGACAAGGGCAUCGUCUGCGGCGUGGACGACCUGGGCCCAGCCGACGAAUCGCCCUGCUUCUCGCACGCCGCUCGAAGUGUCGCACUGUCCUCUGGCGACAGCGGAGGAUACUGGUCCUUCACCCGCUUCAAGAAGUCGUCCACAGGCAUGAAAUGGGUUUUCUGGGUCUUCGGCUUUCCGACCGUGACAUAUGGCACAAAUCCAGCAUGGAAUGGCCAUCGGCGCAUCCUGAGGCACGGGGGCGCACCAGACAGAGCGCUCUCCCCACGCCUUGCCCUUGGGAACGACGCCCGCGGUUGUGAGGGCGUCGAGCGCGACAUCCCGCACGUCCAAUGGGAACUUCUUGCUGACGACAGCAUCGACGAGCAGGCGCACGCUCUGCACGACCUGGGGCAGCGACAUCAGGGCGACAGCCGGGUCGUUCAUCAGCUCGAUGAGGUCCUGGUCCGAGACGCCAGUCCGUAUCAGGAUGAGCCGAUGGAUGCGAAGUUUGGACUUACGCUGCGCGUCAAUGACCGCGCGCAGGCCGGUGAGCGUGAAGGCAGCGUUCCCGGAAAGAUCUACAACCUGCAGUGGCUCGUCCUUGGGCAGGACGGCGAGGAGUUGCUCGCCAGCGAUUAUGGGUAUGGUAUCAUCCGGGAAGGGUCCUCCGAUGCUGCGAACCGCCUGCAUAGCAUCCUGAUAUCUAUCACCUUGCGACAGAAUCUGGGCGAUGGCAUUGACGUCGUUGGUUGUGAUAGCUUGCGUGAUGGACGAAUCGACGGCCUCAGCGACGCCACAGGUGGUAACAGAAGUCCUCUGGCCCUGCAGGCCAAGCCUCCACUAUGGCUCGCUGGCUCACAAGCGAGACAUCAGCCAGCAACGCAGACACCUCCCGACAAUGCUCUGCGGUUAGGAACAGCGGGGGCUUGUCCGAAUUGA